AUGAAUAUGGUUAUUCAAGAAAAACAAAUUUUUUUGCAUUAUAAAAUUAAAACUACUCAUUUUCAUGAAGGAAGAGAAUAUUCGUAUGAGCCCCAGAUUUAUACAAACUAUGAUAAUGUUUAAGGAUUAUUUGUCAAUGGAUUAGGGGAAAAGCUUUCUCCAAAGCAAACAGACCCAAAUCUAGUAAAGAUUUUUGGUAAGUAAAAUGCAGAUAGAGAGUACAUCACAAAUCCAGCUCAUAAGCCUUAGUAUGUUAAAUUAAAGACCAGAAAGAAUAGUGAUGAAAAAGUCUUAAAAUAAAUAGAUAAUGCAUUUUAAAAGUAAGUUGCUCUUAAGUAAAAAUUAAAGAUCUUUGAUUCAGAAUAAAUGAAUCAAAUUCGAAAUUCACUCCACGAUUAAAUUGUGCAUUCAAAUAGAGAAUCAUUUUCAUAAAUUAUUGAUCAUAAAUUUUCAACAAAUUUAACACCAGAACAUUGUUAAAUAAUUAAAACUUUGAGGUAGGAACUUACAUUUAAGGAGAAAUUAAAACUUAAGGAACCAAUUGAAUUUGCAAAAUCGGUGCUCACUGAAAGAAUUUAAAGAUAAUUGAUCUACAAAAAAUAAGUCUAACAUGAUCAAAAAUUCUUUAAAGAAUAAAAUCAUAAAGUAUCAGUUCUAAAUAUGGAAAAAUUAAAUGUAAAGUCUCAUGAUGGACUUGACAUAAGUAGAAGAAGUAUUUCCCAUAAAGAUUUUGUCAAAUCAAUAAAUGAUUUAUGCUUGACUGAAAGACAGACCUAUAGAAAAAUGUUAAAAAAAUUUAAUUUUGUUUAAAGAAAAUUUUGUAAUAAAUAUAAUGGAAUCCUAGAUGAAGUUUAAACUAAAUUAUGA